CAGUAGCUAUUUCUAGAUAUUAAAUAGCUAAGUUGGCAACAGUGGACAUCAUAUAGUUUGUCUAAAGUUCAUAAUAACUUAAAUAUUUAAGAAAAAUGUCGAGGUUAUUGUUUUCAGCUCGAAGAUUAUUGCCCCAACAAGACUUUUUGCUUGCCGCCGGCUCAUGCAUUUCAACGCAAUCAAGAGGAAAGGCCUCAACUCCUAUGAACACAAUUGUGAUGUUUGUUCCACAACAAGAGGCCUGGGUGGUAGAGCGAAUGGGAAGGUUUCAUAGAAUUCUUGAUCCCGGCCUUAAUAUUUUGGUGCCUGUCGCCGAUAAAAUCAAAUACGUUCAAAGCUUAAAGGAAAUUGCUAUAGAUGUUCCCAAACAGAGUGCCAUUACUUCCGACAACGUGACACUCAGCAUUGAUGGAGUGCUAUACUUGCGCAUUAUUGAUCCCUAUAGAGCUUCCUAUGGUGUGGAGGAUCCGGAAUUUGCUAUUACUCAACUGGCCCAAACGACAAUGAGAUCUGAGCUUGGAAAAAUGUCCCUGGACAAAGUGUUUCGGGAAAGAGAAUCUUUGAACGUUAGCAUUGUCGAUUCAAUAAAUAAAGCCAGUGAAGCUUGGGGAAUCGCCUGUUUGCGCUACGAAAUCCGAGACAUCCGGCUACCAACCAGAGUUCAUGAGGCAAUGCAAAUGCAGGUUGAAGCCGAAAGAAGAAAGAGAGCCGCUAUUUUGGAAUCGGAGGGAGUUCGUGAAGCUGAAAUCAACAUCGCUGAAGGCAAACGAAAGUCAAGAAUUCUUGCAUCUGAGGCCGAACGUCAAGAGCACAUAAACAAGGCUAGUGGCGAAGCUGCUGCCAUGAUAGCAGUGGCAGAUGCUAGAGCUCGGAGUCUGCAAGCUAUUGCAAAGUCUCUGGCACAUACGGACGGUAAAAAUGCAGCAUCUCUGACAUUGGCAGAACAAUACAUCGAAGCUUUUAAGAAAUUGGCAAAAUCGAAUAACACAAUGAUUCUACCAUCAAAUCCAGGAGAUGUCACCGGAUUUGUUGCCCAAGCGAUGGCAGUUUACAAUCAUGUAUCUAAGCAGGGUAUCGAUACGUUGCCACGGAAUAUCGAAAACUGCGGUGAUACGAAAGCUGAAUACAAUUCACAAAAUGAGGAAAAAGCGGCUGUAAAAAUUAAUAUUGAAUAAAAGCAUAUUAUUAAUAAUAGCAUCUAAAGCA